CACUUCUGAUGCUGAGCAACAUGGAGAUUUCCGGAAAUCAAAAUUCUGAAGUUUCAGCGCCGACAGGGGCGUCAGAUGGCCCCGAUAUUACUCAAUCAAAUAAAGAAGAGGCGGACACAUUAAAGGAGAAAGCAAAUGAGUACUUUAAGGACAAAGACUUCAACCAAGCAAUUACAUUCUAUACUUUGGCUAUUGAAACCAACCCCACAAUUGCUGCCUACUAUGGCAACAGAAGUUUUGCCUACCUCAAAACAGAAUGCUAUGGAUAUGCACUUACUGACGCUAACAAAGCUUUGGAACUGGAUAGAACAUACCUCAAGGCAUAUUACAGAAGGGCUUCCGCUAAUAUGGCUUUGGGAAAAUUCAAACUUGCACUCAAGGAUUUUGAAGCAGUUUCAAAAGCGAAGCCCAAUGAUAAAGAUGCUAAAAAGAAAUAUGAUGAAUGUAACAAGAUUGUAAAGCGGUUAGCCUUUGAGAAAGCAAUAUCAGUUGAAGACAACAAGUCAAGUAUAGCAGACUCAAUCAAUCUAGAAUCAAUGACCAUAGAUGACAGUUACCAGGGGCCAAAAAUAGAAAAUGGCAAAAUCACCAUGCAGUUUAUGAAGGACCUCUUAGAACAUUAUAAAAAUCAAAAAAAUCUAGACAAACGAUAUGCUUAUCAGAUUCUAUUAGAUGUAAAGAAAUUAUUCCAAGAACAACCAACUUUAGUAGAUAUUUCAAUUCCAAAGGACAAGAAAUUCACAGUAUGUGGAGAUAUCCACGGACAGUUCUACGAUCUGCUCAACAUAUUUGAACUGAAUGGUCUCCCAUCAGAAGACAAUCCAUAUUUAUUUAAUGGUGAUUUCGUAGACAGGGGGUCCUUCUCGGUGGAGUGUAUUUUCACUCUCUUCGGUUUCAAACUGCUUUUCCCUAAACACUUUUACAUGUCCAGAGGUAAUCAUGAGAGUUCUACAAUGAACCAAAUGUAUGGCUUUGAUGGUGAGGUGAAGUCAAAGUACAAUGCUCAGAUGGCAGAUCUCUUCACAGAAGUCUAUAAUUGGCUACCCUUGUGUCACUGUAUAGAAAAGAAGGUUCUGGUCAUGCAUGGUGGCUUAUUCGCAAAGGAUGAUGUGACUCUAGAUGAUAUCAGGAAAGAAGAAAGAAACAGACAACCGCCAGAUUCAGGUAUAAUGUGUGAUUUAUUAUGGUCCGACCCACAGCCUCAGUGUGGGAGAUCUCCCUCAAAGCGUGGUGUCGGCGUACAGUUUGGACCAGAUAUCACCAAAAAGUUCUUACAACAUAAUCAGCUUGAUUAUAUCAUACGUAGCCAUGAAGUGAAACAAGACGGGUAUGAAGUGAUGCAUGAUGGGAAAUGUAUUACUGUGUUUUCUGCGCCAAACUACUGUGACACUAUGGGAAACCAAGGUGCCUUCAUAACACUCAAGGGAGGAGAUCUCACUCCAAAAUUCACAUCAUACAGAGCUGUUCCACAUCCAAAGGUGAAACCCAUGGCUUAUGCUAACUCAUGGAUGUCCAUGUUAGGUGUAUGAUGACACUCGGUGAUACAUAGGAUAAUAACUAAAUUGUCUCAUAGGCCAGCAGUAUUGAAGUCAUGGUGACCACUGGACAGUAAAGUUACCAUGGCAACAUUGGUUUUGAUCAUUUCUCUUCCUCUGGUUCACUUCUUUAUAUGGUCAUAAAACAUUAACAUAAGCCAAUCAGAGUUGAGCUAGAUUUUGCUCUGGGGUUUGACAUCCAAGGCAUACUUGAAGAACUUUGAACUUUAAAUUUUUGGGUAAGCAUAUGCCUUAUAAGGAACUGCUGACAUUACAAAGUUAAACGCAUUGGAUAAUAGAAUCAAGGAAGUAUCUCAGAGAGAGGAGGGAGGAAAGUUGACUUAGCACUCUGGAGUCAGAGUGAUAUAAUAAAAACAAGGCAAUAAAUAUCUAAAAGAUCUCUAU